CUCGGGAGUCGGGUGCGCGCUUGAAGCGGUGUGCAGAUGUGUCGCAGAUUUUGUAAAGUCACUGGACGCGCGGAGCGGAGAGACAUCCAGCAGAGGAGAGACGCUCCGGUUACACGGGCCCUGGAAGUGUGAGGAAAACACGGCUGCAGAGGGAGUGACGGGAGGAAGAGAGGACAGACCCGGAGGACUGCUCUCAUUACCGGAUAAACGUUAUCCCGGUUUGCAACGGAGGAGGAAUACGGUACUUUGACAGUUUAAAGCCAAAGGACGGCGGCGUGCGCAGAGAUGGAGCUGUCCGCUAUUGGAGAGCAAGUGUUUGCUGUGGAAUCAAUCGUCAAGAAAAGAGUUAGAAAGGGGAAUGUGGAGUAUCUAUUGAAGUGGAAAGGAUGGCCUCCAAAGUAUAGCACGUGGGAACCUGAGGAACACAUUCUGGAUCAGCGCUUGGUGCAGGCCUAUGAAGAGAAAGAGCAGAAAGAGAGAAAUCUGGGUCACAGAAGAAAAGGAGCCAAAGCCAAAAGAGUCAUUUUGCAGGAUACCGUCUACGCCAUGGAUCUCCGCAGCGCUCACAAGUGCCCAGAGCAACCUCCGCCUCGCCUGCGUCUCUCCCUGACACGCUCUCUGCUCCCCGAGGACGAGGAUCGGCCGUACCGCGCCUGCAGGACGGACCCACAGCUUACGCAUCGAGAAGGCGAGUUCACGUGCCUUGACUCGAACCCCCCAAGUCCCACACAAGAGGACUGGGAAUGGCGGGUAGAGGAGGAGGAAGAAGAAGAAGAAGAGGAGGAUGAUGUAGAAAGUGAAAAGGAUAGAGAUGAGGAAGAGGAGGAGGAGGAGAAAGAGGAGAAAACAGAGAAGGGCGAAGGCACUUUAAAUGGACAGGAGAGGACAGAUGAGUGGAGCUCCGCUAUCGGACCGGACGAGGUCAUCGUCGCGUCGGAGAAGCCGGGCGACGUCUGGAGGCCCGUCGUCGUCCCGGGCGAGGUGACGGUCACAGACGUCACCCUCAACUCCCUCACAGUGACUUUCCGAGAGUCGAGAGUGGCCAAAGGCUUCUUCAGAGACUGGGGCCUGGAGGUCUGAUGGCGUGAUGUCUGAGUAGGUCGGCGGGGAGAGUUGGACACUGCGAGAGGGAGUUGGAGGCAAAGUGUGUGUGAAUGGUCGUUGGGUUGGUGUUUUUAUCCCCUCUCGCUCUGUUCCUCCCCUUGCCUGCUGCUUCCAGCCUGGUCGGCGGUACGUUUACAUGCACAGAGUCACCUGGACGCGAGCUGAACUCCAGUUAAUGUUACAUUUACAUUGAGCCAUUCACCUUUGAUAUGGUGGGACUGAGUUGCCUUGAAUGAAAAGGGUAUUAGAUAGUUAUAAGUGAGGAGAUGCAAAAACGUGCAGGUAAUUAUACAGCCUGUACAACAAUUAAGUCACAUUUCCUCCAGAGAGAAGAGAAAACUAGCUAAUUGAAACAAGAGACACGACCAAAACAUCCAUACUGUAAUAAUUCUGUUUUGACUUUUUCAGCUCUGGAGCAAAACGUUUACUGGUUGAGGUGCAAUCACUGGUACUGGAGGACCAAAUGUGAGUGAGCUGUGGCCCAUAUGUGACUGCCAGAUUUAGGUUGAUUUUCAGGGUGCACACUUUGGCUGAGAAGCAGUUCCAGUUAGCAGUACUUUGGCUGGCCGAGGGCCAUUGUUGGUCCCUGGAAUCUUCCACUGUCGAACAGUUUAAAACGUGACAAAGUAGGCGAGGGAAGUGGCUUGUUAGUAUUGGUUAAAAUGUGCCGUUACAGGUCUGUUCUUUUAUAUGUCACGGGUCUUAACUUUUCCAUUUUAAAGAUACCCUGAAGAGUUUUCUUCUAAACAAAUACAGUUGUGUUUCCAAACAGUGUUAAGGACUUUACACACCGGAGGCGUGAUGAAUAAACAACACGAAAAUGCAAAAUACUCGCCAGCGUAUAUUAUAUGCUUAGGGCUUUUAUUGUGAAAAGUUAAGAAUGGAAGGAUUGGAUCUGGUCCGUGCUGCCUUUGUCAAGGUUGAAAGGAGUAACAAAGUUUACUGUCCUGGUUCGGACUACAGAGCCUCCGUGUUGUUGCUUCUAUAUAAUAUAGGAGCAACUCAACCCGUUCCGCACAAUGCGAUUGGUCGAUGCGUUUAUUCACAGUGCAAAAGCUCAGAAAAUCAACCUUGUUCCGAAAAAAGUUUUGUUUCUUUUUUGCCCCGUAAUAUUCACGUUCUGUGUGAAACUAUUCAUGACAAAAACAACAGUUUGAAAAAAUAUAUGGACGUGCGAAUUAAUCACACUAAAAAAAUACCCUCAGUGUCUAAAGGCCUUUACUCACCAGAAACACUGUGUGUAUCCUUGAGGUCUAACAAAUGUGUCUGAUGCAUUUCCUACCUCACAAAACAUGUGCAAAGACGUUUUUUUUUUUUUUUUUAUGAAUCGGACCCUGCAUUACAUACAUCCAUGUUUGGAUCUUUCUUUCUUGUUGCAUUCUUAUUUUUUUUGGUGCCUUUCUGCGACCUGUAGAUCAGUGGAAUAAUGUGAAACCAGCACCAGCAACGCCCAAGAACUAACAACACGGGGACCCCAUAGAAAUAGAAUAGGAGUAGAACAGACACUGAACUGUUUUCCGUGGUCAUUUGACUAGUACAAACGAAAAUGGCGAGUUGUUAGUUGUUAUGGUGAAAACAGAACACACGUCAGUGGGGCUUUAAAGUGUGGUCGCAGAGAUUGGAUGCAGUCACGCAGCUAGUUAGCGAGGUAGCUUGUCCUUCUCCGGUGCGAUGGGGAGUGAGGCGGAGGGACCCAGCGUUGCCGCUGACCACCAGCCCACUGCUCAUAUUCGGCUCAUUUUCUGUAACCAGUGUAGCACUGAAGCAUGGCAGAAUUAGCAAGCUAGCUAACUAGCCAGCUGUCCGCUAGUUAGCGAGCUGGCUAGCUAAUUCCACCAUGCUUCAAUGCUACACUGGUUACAGAAAAUGAGCCAAACAAAGUUGUCACUCAUCUGGUGAUAGCAAUGUGCUUUCUUACGCUGUGACAAGAGUUUGUAACGUUACUACUCUACUGCUCGUUUUUGCAAAACCUCACCUCUUUCCAUAAGUUGGUUUAGUUUAUACGGAAGUCAGCCCGCUACAACGGUCGCAAUGGCAACUUUACACAUAAAAAUGGCCACCGCACUGACCAUCCUGCUACAUUGAUUUGAAUGGGAAUUUCCUUUGUAAUCCUAUUCUAUUUCCAUGGGGGACCCACUCAUUAAAACAUUGCUCCAUAGCGCUACUAGUGGUCAAAAACUCCACAGGGUACCUUUAAAGCACUUAACAGAAUGGGCAUGAAAGUGUUCAUGUUCUUGUCUCCUCUCAUGCUUUGAUUUUGUGAGAUGGACUCUUCUGAGUUUGUCACGUCAGAUUGAGCAAACGCGACAAGCUUGCAUUUGUACAUUUCACCAAAAAAGUCAAUAGUAACUACAGUCGUUAGAUAAAUGUAGUGGUUUAAGAGUAUGAAGUAGCAAACAAUUGUUAAUGAAAAAUACAGGUCAAGUAAUCGUGAAGAAGAAGAGUUCUCUGUGCAUGUAAACAUGGCCGCUGUUUCCGUCUCUCUUCCACACUCAGCUAACCGUUUAGUACUUGACUCAUAUACGUAUUGUACAUACUCCAAACUACAGUGAGUAGGUGGGCAUAGCUGUCAGUCCCAUACUAACAUGCAGUGCUGUAACCUGUAACCUGUGAAUACAUAGACUGUUACUACUGUACAACACGUGGCUUAGUCCUGUGUGCGUUUCACAAUCCUCCGAGAGACGAUUUGAUCCGCCUGCAUGCCUUCCUCCUCCAGUGCAGUUCUACCAAUGCAGAGACAGGCUGUAGUUGUCUCUGUUUAACUAACCUCUUCAUCUCAAUACACAUAACACAACAUAGACGUGAUGACUGAGUAUUAACCAACAUUAAUAUGAGACCUGAUAACAGAAUGUAGUAUGGAAAUUGCACUGUAUUUACUGCACAUUAUGAGGGUUUGUGUGGAGCCUGUUUGUAGAGUUUGACCAACAGGGUAAAUCACACAUAGUUUACAUGACUGACUACUAUUUCAUAAAAGAAAUACCAAGAGGUUUCAUUAAUUUCCUACCUUCCAGUUACCGUGCAUUCUUAAACUGUGUUUGAGAAACUGUAGGUAACGUAAUGUGUCAACUUGAUUUAUUUAUUAAAGGUACAGUGUGUAGGAUUUAGUGACAUCUAGUGGUGUGGUUGCAGAUUGCAACCGACUGAGUACCCCUCUGCUCAUUCAUCCCUUUUCCAAGACUGCGGUAACGUGUGCCGCCAAGUGCGAAACCGUGGUCACGCCGAGGUAUCUUUCAGGACCUUGACUUUGCCUUUAGGAGCAACAAAAUUAACGUAAAAACAUGAAACGCUCUCUCUAGAGCCAGCUUUUGGUUUGUCCGUUAUGUGUUAUUGUCGAAACAUGGCGGAGCACAUGGCGGACUCCAUGGAGAGAACCCGCAGUGUGCUUUGGACAAAUUGUUAGCAGUGUAUAUGCAAUUUGUAGUUAAAGUUGGGCUAAAACACAAGAAACCGACCGAUAUGGUCUUAACGCAGGGUGAUCCAUCUCCCUCCAUCAAUCAAACAAUCAAUCAAAAAAAUUCUAAAAAUGAUUUAUAUAACAACAACACAUCAAUUGAAAGUGGACAGUUUCCCCACAGCUUUACAGAUUUAAUUCAUGUAACUGCGGCCAUCAAUAAGUUCUGUAAAGCCGAAUAUCACUAAUUUAACAAAAUAAAAGCCCAACUUUGAACCCAGUAUAUAGGUCUCUAACCCCGGUGGCUUCCUUGAGCUGAUGUGAUGUGUCAUGUCUGUGGAAUCUCCCACAGUGGCGUCCCAUUGGUUCCACAAGUUGUUUAUCCCACACUGAGGAUGAUGGGUCAGCGUCUCGUGAUCUCAAAACUGUCUCUGUGCUACAGUGAAGCUGUAGGGAAUGGAAGUGCCUGAUGUCACAUCAUUUUGUUGUUGUUUGUCUGCAGAGCUUUUAGGGCUAAUGUCUCUCUCUGUCCUUUACACACACACACACACACACGCACACACACACACACACACACACACACACACACACACACACACACACACACACACACACACACACAAACACUAUUACUGUCCCAGCUUAUUUGGCUUCCAUAUGUCUGAAUGCACGAUCCUCCACUGAUACUAUUAAGACUUGAAAUAUGAGGAGACUUUAAAAAUGGAGGGGACAGUCGGGUGGGGGGGGAAACAUGUAUUUUUUAGUCCUUAUUUUUCUACAUUGACCUGAAUGUAUAUUUAUUCUUUAAAGAUAACCUGUGUAUUUGUCACGCAGAUGACUGAACAGAAUAGUUUUUAUACAGUUUGUGAUAACCAUUGAGCUGAUGCCAUAUGUAUUGACCUACUGAUUUAAUGACGUUGCCUAAUGUGGUCGCUUGUGCUGCUUCCGUCCACCACCGAGCGACGAACCUUUGCACUUUAUUGUGAUGUUAAACCUGCACAUUACCUGCUCCAGUCUACCAAGUGUCAUUAAUGUGUAUAGAAUAUUUCUAUGGGAAUACUAAAAUAAAUGUUGCUCAUGUUUAAUAUCAUUUUAA